UUGGGGUGUGGGAGGACAAGGUGCUUCAUUCCCGGUGGCGUGCAGCCAACACGGGAGCUGGGGGAUGCUGUUAGCAGGCUGAGAGCCCUUGGAGGGGUUGGCCUGGAUUGAGCCUGACCAAGGAGGGGAGUGCAGUCAGGAUCCCCUUCCUCACAGGUCUGCUCUGGGUUUGGUGCUUGGCUGGUUCCCAGGGAUGGGAGGAGAGGCUGUACCCCCCUCCUCCUCUCCUGCUCCCAGCCCAUGUGGAUGACAGCUCACAGCCUCCACACCACAAGGAUGGCCACAGUGAAGGAACGGUUCCUGGGUUUUGGGUGCAGCUCAGAGGUGACUCGUUCUGUCCCCAGCUCCAGUUCUCAGUGUACUUUUUGUAUCCUGGUGUAUCCAGCUUGCUGUGCACACUUCAAGGAGCCCUGCCAAUGCAUGGUAGCAGUGUGAGAUGGGGAGGUAGCACUCAUGGUAGCAGUGUGAGUUCCCAUGCAAAGGAACUGCAGAACAGACUGGGCACCUACAUGGAUGUGGAGCCUUCUGCACAUGACAAGCACUGAUGGAGAGGAGCUGUGCACCAUGCCCUGGAGACCAGGAGGGGUCCUGACCUCCUCCAAGGCAAGCAACUGAGGAGGAAGAGAAUGGGAUGCAGAGGAACUCCAGGCAAAAGCCUGAGCUGCUGGGAACAGCUCCUAGACAGAGGCAGCCAGCUGUGAAUCCUGCCAGGGAUGCACAGUGCUACUGAUGAGCUUUGGUGAUGUGCAUGUGGCACAGUGCUGCUGCUGCUGCUUGCACCAAGGGGGAGUGCAGGAGAGGGAUGCACCCAUGCAGCACUUUGGCCACCGCAGGGUCCUUGGGUUGUACUGCUGGCCGUGUCCCAAGCUUUUGUUUGCAAACGCUGGGCAGCAGUGACCUUCACAGUGCAGGAAGGGCACCGGGUGAGCCAGGAGGGUUUUCCCCAUGGGGAAAGGGUGGGGUCGUCCUCCCCGCGCUCGGCAAACUUUGACUUUGGGGAUGGGGGAGGAAAGCAGCACCCAGAGAAAGUUUGUUCUUCACUUCCUGUGUUUAUUCCCUUCCCUUUCUCCCUACCUUUUGGAAAAAAGCAACGGGAGAUUGAGAAUAUGCUUUUUUUGUGUGUGUGUGUUUACCCUAAGGAAAAGCCCCAGCUUUUCUCUCCUGAGAGAUCCAGGGCAGCCCCCACCCAGAGCUGCUGCUCAGAGCCCCAGUGUAUGGCUGCUCUCUCUGUGCCCAUGGCCGUGGCCACCCUGGGCGACUGAUGGCUGUGACAUGGCCCAGCUGGCACAGGCAGAACAGCGCUGCCCUGAGACCACACAGCCAAGGCUGAACCCCACUUCACAGCUCCUGAAGCCACUACUGAGAGCAGCUCUGUGCCACCCUUGAGUGGCACCAGGGAUGGGGCAGGCGGUGAAGCGUUGGGGUGUUUGCUGGCUCUGGUGUUGGUGCUGGCACUGGGUGCACAGCAGCGGGUUGGCACGUGCCCAUGGGCCGUUGGGGGACCUUGAUCGCUGGCAGCAGAUGGUGGCAGUGAUUGGGGAGCUGCAGUGGUGUGGAUGAGUGCACGUGUCCCACCCCACAGCCAGCAGCGUGCCAGCAAGAGGAGCUGUGCAUUGCUCCUGGCUGCCCUCACAGCAGUGUCAGCCAAUGGUGCUCUAAAGGGGUGCACAGGAUUGACUGGGAGCCGCCAUCUCAGCCUUGCUGGACCUUCCUCUGGUCUGCUACUGGUGACGUGGUUCUCAUCCCUGGCUUCUCCCCGCUACCCUCCUGGCAGUGACGAGGACUGUUUGUGUUGGCCAAGCCACAAUGAAAGGCGGAACACCUUCCUGCACCCAGUGACAGGACAGCUCCCAGAAGAAAACUCAAGAUUAGACUUGCAAAAGCCGACCUUGGACAUGUCAAGCAAAGCAGGCAGCAAGCGCCCGGCGAACAGCAGCAACAGCAGCGAACCCUCCAACCACACCAUGGUGACAGAGGUGGCUCCGGAGCGGCCUGGAGGCCGGGCGUCGCGCUCCUCCCGUAAGGGCAUCGCCUUCGGGAAGCGCUCCAACUCCAUGAAGAGAAACCCCAACGCCGCCGUCACCAAGAGCGGUUGGCUUUACAAGCAGGCCAGCUCGGGGGUGAAGCAGUGGAACAAGCGCUGGUUCGUGCUGGUGGACCGCUGCCUCUUCUACUACAAAGAUGAGAAGGAGGAAAGCAUCCUGGGCAGCAUCCCCCUGCUCAGCUUCCGCGUGGCAGCCGUGCAGCCCUCUGACAACAUCAGCAGGAAGCACACCUUUAAGGUGACGGUGUGCUGGGUGGAGGAGGUGCCGGCGAGUAACGAACAGUCCCUGUCUCCCCAGGCCGAGCACGCCGGCAUCCGGACGUACUUCUUCAGUGCUGAGAACACAGAAGAGCAGGAAUCCUGGAUCCAAGCCAUGGGCGAAGCUGCCCGGGUGCAGAUCCCCCCAACCCAGAGACACGAGAAGACGGAUUCUGAGAACAUCCCCCCCAGCAAACACCACCACCACCAUCGUAAUACCGUGCACCACGAGCACCCCAAAGCUGACCCCAGCGCCAAGACCCGGGGUGAAGGCGACGGCCGUGGCUCAGAGAAACUCGAGAGGAAACCAGAGAGGAUGGAGAGCAAGAAGGAACCCUUGGCCAAAGCCAACGGCAUCGCCGGGCAAGAGAUACCCUCUGAGCCCGGCAGCCCUUACCCCGAAGCACCGCGGGUGCCGACGAGCACAGAGCGGCCGCCCCAACCCAACGGUUGGCCCUACACGUCCCCCAGCCGCCCUGGCAGCACCGCCUACCCCCCACCCGAUGGGGAGAGCGCUGCCCAUCGCCGCAGCUUCGCCCCCCGCACCAACCCCGAGAAAAUCGCGCAGCGUAAGAGCUCCAUGACGCAGCUGCAGCAGUGGGUGAACCUGCGCCGGGGCAACGUGCCCCCCGAGGAGCUGCGCAGCCCCACCAGGUUUUACCCCGUAUCUCGCCGGGUGCCUGACUACUACCCUCCCUACUCACCCCAGUACCCUGAGGACUAUCAGUACUACCCACCCGGCGUGCGCCCCGACAGCAUCUGCUCCAUGCCCGCCUACGAGCGGGUCAGCCCUCCCUGGGCAUUGGACAACAACAAGCGGCAUUCCUUCCGCAACGGGGGCCCCUACCAGCUCCAGGAAUGGAAGGAGCACCCCGGCUUCGGCCGGCAGGAUGUCCCGGUCUGGCUCCCUGGUAGGCAGCCGACUUAUUUCGAUGAGGUGGAUGCUGCCUCGGGGUCGCUGCGGAGGAUGUCGCUGCAGCCCCGCUCCCGCUCCGUGCCCCGCUCGCCCAGCCAGGGAUCCUACAGCCACACGCGGGUCUACUCCCCGGUGCGCUCUCCCAGCGCUCGCUUCGAGCGGCUGCCGCCCCGUGGAGAGGAGAUUUAUGUCGACCCCGGCACCUUCAUGAUGAGGAGAUCCAUCAGUUCUCCCAAGUACGACUACCUGGGUGACAGGCGGCCCAUCCCUGCAGGAAUGUACCCCUACCACUACCCCGCAUCCCCCACGGUCCACGACAAGAUGAUGAGCGAGAGUGAAACCCUGAUCAGUAUGGUGAACAGGAUGGUGGAGAGCUCCUCCCCUAGGGCUCAGCUCUACAUGCAAGUGACGACGCCUUUCCCAGAAGCCUACAGGGAGACCCUGCAUGCCUACAAGAUAAGCGAGCAAGACACUGAUAAGCUGCUGGGGAAGCUCUGUGAGCAGAACAAAGUGCUGCGGGAGCAGGAGAGGCUGGUGCAGCAGCUCCGAGCAGAGAAGGAGAGUCUGGAGAGUGCCCUGAUGGGGACACACCAGGAGCUGGAGAUGUUUGGGAGCCAGCCUGCCUACCCUGAGAAGCUGCUGCAUAAGAAGGAGUCUCUGCAGAACCAGCUCAUCAACAUCCGCGUGGAGCUGUCACAGGCCAGCACGGCCUUGGCCAACAGCACAGCUGAGUAUGAGACCCUGGAGAGCGAGGUGUCCGCCCUGCACGAUGACCUCUGGGAGCAGCUGAACCUGGAUAUCCAAAAUGAAAUGCUGAACCGACAGAUCCAGAAGGAGAUUUGGCGGAUCCAGGAUGUGAUGGAGGGGCUGAGGAAGAACAAUCCAUCCCGCGGCACCGACACUGCUAAGCACAGAGUGGCCAUCGGCCCCUCGGGCACCUACAGCUCCAACAGCCCUGCCAGCCCACUGAGCUCCGCCAGCCUCACCAGCCCCCUCAGCCCCUUCUCCCUCAUCUCUGGCUCCCAGGGCUCGCCCACCAAGCCAGGUCCCAGCGAGCCCAAACCAAGCUUGGAGCAAAGCAAGAAGGAGACGCAGCGAGCGGCUGCCCCCAGCUCCACUGCUGAGGGGCUGCUGAGCCGGCAGGAGCAGGAGGCAGAAAAACAAGCUGCCCUCAACAAAGUGGGCAUUGUGCCGCCCCGAACCAAAUCCCCGACGGAGGAGGAGGUGGUGCCCACAACAGGGAUGCUGAGGAGGAGUGCCAGCGGCAUGGCCAACGGGCUGGGCUCCCGGGAGAGGCCGAAGAGCGCCGCGUUUGCCAAUGAGACAAAGGUGAAGAUGAGCGUGGAGGAGCAGAUUGACCGCAUGAAACGCCACCAGAGCGGCUCCAUGAAGGAGAAGCGGCGCAGCCUGCAGCUGCCCGGCAGCCAGCAGCCAGACACCCCUGGCACGAAGGCACCCACGUCCUACAAAGUGGUGCGCCGGCACCGCAGCAUCCAUGAGGUGGACAUCUCUGACCUGGAGGCAGCGCUGCGGUCUGACGAACCUGGCAAGGUGCACGAGACACCCCGAGAGGAGAUCGCCCGGCUGCGCAAAAUGGAGCUGGAGCCACAGCACUACGAUGUGGACAUCAACAAGGAGCUAUCCACGCCGGACAAAGUCCUCAUCCCUGAGAGGUACAUUGAACUGGAGCCUGACACGCCACUCAGCCCCGAAGAAAUGAAGGAGAAGCAAAAGAAGGUGGAAAGGAUAAAAACCCUCAUUGCCAAAUCCAGCCUGCAGAACGUCAUCCCCCUGGGUGAGGGUGAAGUGGAUGCUCCCCAGGACCCCGAAACACAGCUGCAGGAGCAGGAGAAGAGGAUAGAGAUCUCAUGUGCUCUGGCUGCUGAGGCAUCCCGCCGGGGCCGCAUGCUGUCGGCUCAAUGCGCUACCCCAAGCCCUCCCACCUCCCCAGCUUCCCCGACUCCACCGACCAACCCCCUCUCGUCUGAACCAUCCCGGGUCGCCGACUGCAGUCAUUUUAUGCGUGUCUGAGCCAUGAACUCAAGCCCUGGCAGCCGCUGGUGCCAUCAAGUCUCAUGGGGCCACGUUCUAGUGCAGCACUACAUGCGCCAUGGCUCGACACUGACCCUCUCUGCGCCAUCGUUUUUGGUUCUCCUGGACCCCUUCCCUCCUUCCCAUCGAUGGCAUCACCAUUGGGGUGGAUGAGAGGGGAAGAUGCAGCUCCAACGCUCUGCCCCAUCCUGGAGGAGCUGUGCAGAUGCCAUAAGCGCCGUCCCCAAGGACUGGGGACACUGAGCUUCCACCCAGCACUGGGACACAGCUGUGUUGUCCUGGGUGCAUGGAGGGACACGUGCAGCUCUGGAGGAGUGCAGCACCCCUCAGCUCUCUGUGCAUUGGUCACACAAAGGGGGCCUUCUCCACUAUGGAUGGUGCAUUCUCCACGUGCAUCUGUGCUCCUGGCUGUGCCCUGAAAGCUUUCAGCACCUUGCUGGAGGGAGGUGCCAGCCUCAUCGUGGCUGCAAGUGGGAACAGGGCGCACGGAGAGGGGACACAAUGGGACACAGGUGUCCCGGGGGCCGGGAUGGUGAGGGCUGCCCAGCGCAGAGCCGUGGGCAUGGAGCAGCAGGUGCAGGCAGGGACAGGGGAUGUGGGGAAGGAGCAGAGGAACGGAGCGGAGCCGAUGGGCCAAGCAAGCAAUCUGCAGGAUGGAUGGGGAUGGUGACAAGGAAGGGACCGGGUCGGAGCCGUGAAUGCUUCCAGGUGGUAGCAACGCUUUGCUCAUGGUCACCUCUGUCACAGCCCAGGUGGCCCAGCAGGAAUUCUGUGACACAUGCAGCACUCCCUGGGCAGCCUUCUGUGCUGGAGGAGGGAUUCCUUCUCCCGCAGCACCGGGGAUGGAUGUGGGGACAAGGAGGGGGCACCUCAGCUGCGCAGCAUGGACUGGAUCCCUCUGGUCUCACCGCACGCCAUUGCACUCCAACCACGUCAGCUUGGUCAUUUCUCCUACUGCGAGCCUAUCCUUGAUUUCAUUUUAUUUUCGCUUUCCAAACGGAGGGAAAAAACACUGUUUCUGCCUGAAAACACAGCGCCGUGUGGGGAGGGGGGUGGGAGGCAGAGAUGGGGGUUGGGCAGUGUCCCCAUGGCUGGAUCCUGAUGUGUGCCCCCUCUGCAUCCCCAACCCCCCUCCCCUGCUCUUAGCAA